AUGCCUUGGUCGCCUGAGAUGCUCCGCCUCACGCAGGGUCCUACCCCCCUGAACCCCCUAUACUCGGCCCCGGUGCCUCGCGCCCCUCCCAUCGCCCGGGUCCAGGCUCAGUCCGCUGGCCGGAAGAGGAGGGACCAGCUUCUGCGGCCAUUAUCCUCGUGGCUGGCUGACAGCGACGCACUUAUGGGAUCGUCUGCGUCCAAGGCUGCCCUCGCGGCGACCACCAACGAGCCCACCGAACCCGAGCCGAAACACUUGGCGGAUCUGAUCCAGUACAUAAAUGGAACAAAUAUGAGUGUUGUCCAUCUGGCUGAUAUUCUUUCUGAGAAAACUGGUAGCAGCAGCUGGGUGGUGGUGUUCAAAGCCCUGGUUACUGUCCAUCACCUCAUGGUGUAUGGAAAUGAGCGUUUUAUCCAACAUCUUGCAUCGAGAAGUUCUUUGUUCACUUUACACAACUUUCUGGAUAAAAGUGUCGUAGAAGGCUAUACUAUGUCAGCUUUCAUCAGACGAUAUAGCAAGUACUUGAAUGAAAAGUCACUCGCAUAUAGACUGAUGGAGUCAGACAUCACCAAAACCAAGAGAGGGACAGAUGGUGUGAUGAGAACUAUGAACACUAAGCAGCUGCUGAACACUCUUCCAGUUAUUCAAAUUCAGUUUGAUGCUCUUCUGAAUUUUAAUGCAAAUGCUGAUGAACUAACUAAUGGUAUAAUACAUGCUGCUUUCAUGCUCCUCUUUAAGGAUUCUCUUCGCCUCUUUGCAGCCUAUAAUGAGGGGAUCCUUAAUCUGUUAGAGAAAUAUUUUGACAUGGGGAAGAAGCAAUGCAGGGAAAGUUUGGAUAUUUACAUCAAGUUCCUCGAAAGAAUGACCAAAUUGGGACGGUUCCUUAAAGUUGCAGAGCAAGCUGGAAUUGACCAGAAUAACAUUCCAUAUCUUUCUCAGGCACCCUACAGUUUACUUGAAGCACUAAAACAGCAUUUGGCUUCUCUGGAGGACAAACAUGAUAUUAUGCCUCCUUAUGGCAUGCAGCGUGCAUUGAUUCCCUCCAUACCAAACAAUCCGUUUGUGACAAACUCAGCAAGCAAAGUCUGGUUUUCAGCCCGCAAACGUGUUGAAGCCAGACGGCAAAAUGAAAAAGUCCUAGCAAGUGACCUGGACGGUUCAGUUGUUAGCCUUGUAGCAAAUCUUAACUUUGGAGAAAGCGCAGCUAACAGAUCUGACGUGAAGUGGUAUCAACCCUCAGAGAUGGAAAUGACCAGUGAAAUGAACUGGCAGUUGAGUAACUGCACCUGCAUAUCAACCAUCUGGGACCCAGUUUCUAUUCCUUCCAUCUCCUACAUGGUUCCAAUUCCAAUGAGACUCUCUUCCAUGAUGGCACCUCAAUCCAUGAGUUACACUCAACCAGGCUUAAGGACCAGCAAGGCUUGUGCUGCAUCCAUAAGAAAUAACGUCUCGAGUCUGCUUGAAUUCGAGAAGGGAUCGGAUAGCUUCGAAGGUUAUUCUGGAGGGGACUGUUCCGGGCUGGCAGUGGAGUCUGUUCCAGCUUCUUCCAGGAUUGUCAGCAUCCUUCAGCCCGCCGCCCCACCAACAAAACCCCCGGAAUCCCUUUUCCCAGGACUCGGUAUUGGUCCUUCCCGCAGAGCCAGCCUCGCCCCCGCGGCCCUUCCACGCCUGUCACUCACCCGCGCAGCCAAUUAG